AUGCAGUCCGGAAUAUCAGUCUCCCCUGAGCUACAUAACGCCUUUGAUGCCUUCAUCGCAACCCCCUCCCACUUCUGUCUCCCCGUAACAAUAUCCUCCGAGAGUCUCGUCCCUCUGGACCCUAUCGCUUUCCCUCCCCCCACUACUGAUGAUGACAUCAAAUUUUUCAACUCCCUACCCCUCCUUGCUCCGCACAUCCAACCCAAAACCCCAAUCUUCCUCAUCCUCCGCCGCACCAUCGUCUCCAACGCCCUCAUAGCCGUCACGUAUAUCCCAUCGACAUCUCCCGUGCGUGCAAAGACUCUAUUUGCUAGCACACGCGCAACUCUCGUACGCGAGCUUGGCAGCGAGAAAUUCGAUAGCACCAUCUUUGCGGCGGAUGCGGAGGAGGUUCUGGAUGCUACGGUUUGGAAGGAGAGGGAUGCGGAUAGAAAUGCGGCAACCGGAGGUGCUGCGGAAGAUGGCGAAGCGGAGAGUAGGAGGGAUGGUUUGAUGGGGAAGGAGGAGAGGGAGUUGAAUGAGGUUAGGAGGCAGGAGGAGCAAGCGAGGAGUAUGGCCAGAAGGAGGGAUGUGGGGAUUGGAGGAACCAUUGGACGUGGGAAUGGGGAAGGGGAGAGUGAGCUGCACAUUGGGAUUGGAGAUGGGGUGAAAGAGGCUUUGCAGCGGGAGCGGGCUAACGGCUCAGUUAUUCGGCUGACUAUUGACGUGGCAACCGAGACUCUCACUCUAAUUUCCACCGAGUUGGAUGUCGAACCUGGUUCUCUUGCAAGCUUGAUCUCAGAUUCGAAGGCCCAGUACACGUUUUAUCACUAUCCGGACCCCAAAGCUGUUAUCUUCAUAUACACCUGCCCAUCUAGCUCUGUAAUCAAGGAGCGCCUGUUACAUGCCAGCUCGCGGAAUGACGUGGUGAAACUUGCCGGUUUGCAGGGCCUAGAAGUUGCGCACAAGGUAUCUUAA